GAGGUGGCGGCGGGCCCAGGAGCCCGGGCCGCGCGGGACUGGCCGUCGGGGCCCCGGACGGCGGCCCCGGGGGCGCCCAUGCCAUGGAGAAGCUGGCGGCCGGGCUGGCCGGCCUGCGCUGGAGCAUGGGCGCCUUCCCGCUCGACCUCAUCGUCAGUCGCUGCCGCCUGCCCACGCUCGCCUGCCUCGGGCCAGGGGAGUAUGCUGAGGGCGUCAGUGAGCGAGACAUCCUGCUCAUUCACUCCUGCCGCCAGUGGACAACAGUAACAGCCCACACCCUGGAGGAGGGCCACUAUGUCAUCGGGCCCAAGAUUGACAUCCCCCUGCAGUACCCAGGGAAGUUCAAGCUCCUGGAGCAGGCCCGGGAUGUGCGGGAGCCAGUGAGGUACUUCAGCAGCGUGGAGGAGGUGGCCAGCGUCUUCCCUGACCGCAUCUUUGUGAUGGAAGCCAUCACCUUCAGUGUCAAGGUGGUGUCGGGCGAGUUCAGCGAGGACAGCGAAGUGUACAACUUUACGCUGCACGCGGGCGACGAGCUCACUCUCAUGGGCCAGGCGGAGAUCCUGUGCGCCAAGACCUCCAAGGAGCGCUCGCGCUUCACCACCCUGCUGCGCAAGCUGGGCCGAGCCGGGGCGCUGGCCGGGGUGGGCGGCGGCGGCCCGGGGGGCGCGGGGGCCGCAGGCGGCGGCGGGGGCGCCAGGCCCAUCAAAGGCAAGAUGCCCUGCCUCAUCUGCAUGAAUCACCGCACCAACGAGAGUCUGAGCCUGCCCUUCCAGUGCCAGGGCCGCUUCAGCACGCGCAGCCCGCUGGAACUGCAGAUGCAGGAGGGCGAGCACACGGUGCGCGCCAUCAUCGAGCGCGUGCGGCUCCCGGUAAACGUGCUGGUGCCCAGCCGGCCGCCGCGCAACCCCUACGACCUGCACCCGGUGCGGGAGGGCCACUGCUACAAGCUGGUCAGCAUCAUCUCCAAGACGGUGGUGCUGGGGCUGGCGCUGCGCCGCGAGGGCCCGGCGCCGCUGCACUUUCUGCUGCUCACCGACACGCCGCGCUUCGCGCUGCCGCAGGGCCUGCUGGCCGGGGACCCGCGCGUCGAGCGCCUGGUGCGCGACAGCGCCUCCUACUGCCGCGAGCGCUUCGACCCCGACGAGUACUCCACGGCCGUGCGUGAGGCGCCCGCCGAGCUGGCCGACGACUGCGCGCCCCCGCGCCGCGCGCGCCUCUGCCUGCCCGCGCCCCCGCGCGCCCCCGCGCCCGCUCGCGUGCCCGGCUCCUCCGGCGACGGCGAGCAGGAGUACGUGAGCCCCGACUGGGCCGGCGCGCCCGAGCCCGCCGCGCCGCCCGCCGAGAUCCCCUACGAGGAGCUGUGGACGCACCAGGCGCCCGAGGGCCUCGCCGAGGGCAGCGUCCGGCCGCCCCCGGGGCCCGACCUCAUCUCCUUCGGGGCCGCCGGGCCGCCCCGCCUGGAGCGCGAGGCGCCGCCUCCUCCCGUGCCUCCCAAAUCCGAGGCGGUGAAGGAGGAGUGCCGCCUGCUCAAUGCCCCUCCUGUGCCUCCCCGGGGUGGCAAUGGCAGCGGCUGGCUCUCGGGCAGCCCCCCGGUGCCCCCGCGCUUCCCUAAGCUGCAGCCUGUCCACUCUCCCAGCUCCAGCCUCUCCUACUACUCCUCUGGCCUCCAGGAUGGGGCAGGUUCGCGCAGUGGCAGUGGCUCUCCGUCACCAGAUGCCUACUCCCUCUAUUGCUACCCAUGCACCUGGGCAGACUGCAAGGUGGGCGAGUCUUCCAGCCGCCCACCCCCGGGACCCUUGCCCUCAACCACACAGCCCAGCCAGGCCUCCCGGGCCCUCGCAGAGCCCCUGAGCAGUCGAGCUGCCUCCCUCUUGGGGGCUGACACCCCUGUCAAGGCCUACCACAGCUGCCCGCCUCUGUUCAAGCCCUCUCACCCCCAGAAACGCUUUGCUCCGUUUGGAGCUCUCAAUCCCUUUUCCGGGCCUGCCUACCCCUCAGGCCCUUCAGCGGCUUCCUCUUCUGGGCCCACAGCCACCUCGGGUCCCCUGACUACCUCCAGCCCUGCUUAUUCCCCAGGCCCAGGCUCGCCAGGCCAGGCCUAUUCAGCUGCUCCCACCUCUUCCUGCCCCUCCUCCUCCUCUUCCUCUGAGUGGCAGGAAGCAGCCCCGGAGCCCUUCGAUCCCUUUGAGCUGGGGCAGGGCAGCUCCCCGGAGCCUGAGCUGCUGCGCUGUCAGGAGCCCAGAGCUAUGGGGGCAUCCGGGCCUGGACCCUGCCUUUCGCCACUUGGACCCUCCAAGGCCUUUGAGCCCGAAGGUUUGGUGCUGCGGCAGGUUCCUGCCCCACUGUCACCAGUGGCCCUGCAGGGGCCCGAGGCAGGCGGAGCACGACUCCUUCUCACCCAAGGGCGCCUAGAAGGGCCUCCUGCCAGUCCCCGGGAUGGGGCGACAGGCUGGGGAGGCCGGGAUGCCUCCCCCUGGCAGCCCCCUGCUGACCUGUCUGCACUCUCCCUGGAGGAGGUCUCUCGAAGUCUGCGUUUCAUUGGGCUCUCAGAGGAUGUGGUGAGCUUCUUUGCCCGAGAACGCAUCGAUGGCAGCAUCUUCGUGCAGCUCAGUGAGGACAUCUUGGCAGACGACUUCCACCUCACCAAGCUGCAGGUCAAGAAGAUCAUGCAGUUCAUCAAAGGCUGGCGGCCCAAGAUCUGACCUUCCCAGCUUGUAGCUGCACAACUGGAAUGCUGGCACAGAGGCCCUGGGGGCCAGCCCUGGCUCUGCAGGGGGACAGCACCCCCAGAGGAGGGUCCUGCCUGUGGGGAGAAUCUAUGCCAAGACUGAGGCUGCUAGGCAGCCACUCAGAGUGAGUCCAAGGGAGACACACUUGGAAAUGGAGUCCUCUGGGGCCGGAUGCCUGCAUGGGGACGUCUUGCCUUUGAGUGUGUAGAGGACGUGGAGAGGGGGCUGGAGGCACCAGUGCCACCCUGGCCUGGUGACACGUUGCUGCGAUUCCCAUGAGGGGAGUCAAAAGACCUGACACCUUCCCGUGCCCUGCUACAGAGCUUCACAGACAUCUUGCACUUCUCAAGCGUGUAGGUUCAGGUUAAAGGGAAGGAGGUGGCCUGUAAUUUAAGCACAAAUUCCCAAGUGCCCUCUCUCCUCUGUGCUAUGUGGGCUUUUGGCUAAGCUGCCCCAGAGUCGGUGUGCCGAUUUCUCUGUCUCUGGGAUGCCCUUCCUUCCCCCGCUCUGCUCCACCACAAAUGAGGUCCCUGGCCCUGAGCACGGGUGUAUCAUUUACAUGCCUUGCCACUGCACCUCAGAGGCACCUCUGGGUUCUGGCUCGUGGGUGACGACUUUGGAAGAGCUCUGCUGUUGACCUGCUUGCCUGGUUAGGGAGGCAGAUGCCCCCUGGCGUCUCUAAUGCCCUGGCCCUGCCCUGAGCUCCCUGCAGCUAGCCCUCCAUCCUGCCGGCUUGGGUCCUGUCUGCGAAGACUCUGUCUGUGGAAGAGCAGGUAGAUUGAGGUCCUUCAUUCAGAGGCAAGUGGCCUUCAAUCACUGCCACUUCCACCGGUCUCCCACCCCCAUCACUUGACUCCGGCCAACACUGGGUGUGUCCUUCUCUGGUUUUCUGUCACUGGCACAGGUAGGACGGGUGAGAAAGCAAGCACAGUAGCUUGGGAAAACCUGCCUUUUCCACCUCCUCCUAGAGCUCAGUCUUCCUGUGCUUGUUCACUGUUUCCACUCAGGUCUGUGUGGCCGAGAUCUUGAGCCUGGAGAUCUGCUUGGCACCAACCAGAGCAGGCUGGCCAAUGAAUACAACCACCCAUCCCCCGGUGCUGUUCCCUACUCACCCACCCAGAGCCACACUGAUUCUUCUGCUUGUGCCCACUGGCAUCAGGCCUGAGGCACCAGCCUUCUCUCCUGUCUUACCUAGCCUACCUAGAUAUUUAUUUUCUCCAUUCUUCUGUCCUGAGUAGCGAAGUCAUGCUGGAGCUCAUGCCCCAGGCAGGCUGCCUCUGCUCUGAGGGAAGGGGAGUCAGGAAGUAGAGCACAGAAACUGUGACACUGAGACAUUUGGUUUCCUUGCCAGUCACUUAAUGAAUCCUUGAGGACUAGGGAAAUAAAUGCUAGACCACUGAAGAAUAGUGCAAGUGGAAUUCUGGGCGUCAGCUCCUUUCUUCUUUUGGAGGCCAUGGGGACCGACAGGCAUAACGUAUAUGCUCCGGGCGGAAGGUCUUUGGAAUGGUUUGUGCACGCAGCUCGUUCGUAUGUUCCAGAGGCAGCUGGUAGUGCUGGCCCUUAUUCCCUUCCGAAAGCCCCUCACCAGCUCCUACCCUACCGGAACCUGCCAACUCCCACUGAUGUUUCAGCGUAACUCACAUCUACCUAAUGCUGCUGAGCGGAAAGACCUGACUUAAGCUCCAUGCCAUUUGCCAGGGAGGGCCCAAGUUUAACUUCCUGCACUGGCUGAAUGCUCGCCUUGAGGCUCUCUCAGACCCCCACAUUUAGAAGCUGUUAAUGGCCUUAGUGUAGAGGACCAGAACUCUGCCUUCUACUGGUCAUCUGAAAGCCCCAACUCAGAGAUGACUUGGUUUGAGUCUGGUCUCCUAGCCACCAGCUGUGAGUGUUUAGUAGGGCCAGAGCUAGGCCCUGCCUGCCAGUCCUACAACAGCUGGCACCCAGGGAAUAGCUGAGGUACCUGCAACCAGAGCAGAGGCAGGAGCCAUCGGUACUCUCUCGAAGCUCAGGGUGCCAUGUGAUGGGGCUUCAAUUACGAUUCUGCACAUGCUCGGUAUGGAUCCUUUUGCCAGACCCAGUUAGGAGCCUCAAAGCUGUGUACCCAGUCUGGGUGCUGCUUCUGCCAGGACACGAGUGUAGGAACUUUUCACACAAGAGGGCAGGGGGACGGGAAGAGCAGCCCUUUCGGAGCAGAGGUGGUGGUGGGUUGACUUGCCGUUCCUGUACUGCUCCCACAUGCGGUCUCUGAUCAUCGUGCGGGCACUGUCCAUCUUCCAUGCUCUGGGGCCGCCAAGACGUGCAGGACACAUUGGCCAGGAAAAUGUUAUCUCCUCUACUUAACCCCAUUGUUCCCACAGACACCCUGAGGAGCACAUGUGAAUGAGUCACACCAAGAAAGAAUGGGGUAAAAUUGUGCAACAAGGAAAUGCAGUUUGGGGAAAGAAGUCUCUCUUGUAUCCUGGUCCUCCACACCCGUUACACUUCCACUGCUCUGCUUAGCCAGGGCCUCCUCCCCACUGUCAGCAGAAGCCCAGCUCAAGCACUGAAAUACAGUCAGGUUUAAAAGGCUUUAGGCUCAUAAAGUUCCACUUUCUAUCAUCAGUCUCUCUCUUAAGGUGCUGCCUAGAAUUCUCCCC